AUGACAUACGUGGGCAACCAUUAUUCCUUGGCUACUGUCAUGAUGAUCUGUGAAGUUCAUUGUGGUUUGGUGGCUCUUUUGACAUCUCUGUACUUUGAUCCUGCCACCGUUAAGAUGCUGAGCAAUCUGAAGGCUGCUCGCAGCAAUGUGCUUCUUGCAGUUCCAGCGUUUCUGUAUGCUAUCAAUAAUUAUCUGAAGUUUACAAUGCAGGUUGAUAGACCGAGCUAG